CGCGCCCCGGGUUCUUCGUGCCGUCGCGCCCACCAUCCAUGUUCCCCCGCGCCGGCUGGGCCGCUCUCUCUCCUCUUCUCAGCAGCACGCUUCGGCUGGCUCCUGUCGCCGCCGCCAUGAGCACUGGUACCUUCGUGGUGUCGCAGCCGCUCAAUUACCGCGGCGGGGCCCGCGUGGAGCCGGCGGACUCGUCGGGCACGGAGAAGGCGUUCGAGCCGGCCACGGGCCGAGUGAUAGCGACUUUCACGUGCUCUGGAGAAAAGGAAGUAAAUUUGGCUGUGGAAAAUGCAAAGGCUGCCUUUAAAAUAUGGAGUAAAAAAUCUGGCAUGGAGCGCUGCCGAAUCCUUUUGGAGGCUGCCAGGAUAAUGAGGGAAAGAAAGGAUGAAAUUGCCACCGUGGAGACCAUCAACAACGGAAAGUCCAUCUUUGAGGCCCGCUGGGACAUAGACACCUCCUGGCAGUGCUUGGAGUACUAUGCAGGCUUGGCUGCAUCCAUGGCUGGAGAACAUAUCCAGCUCCCAGGUGGAUCCUUCGGUUAUACCAGGAGAGAACCCCUUGGGGUCUGUGUGGGAAUAGGAGCGUGGAACUACCCCUUUCAGAUCGCCUGUUGGAAGUCUGCUCCUGCCUUAGCUUGUGGUAACGCCAUGAUCUUUAAACCGUCUCCCUUCACCCCUGUGUCUGCACUGCUUCUGGCUGAAAUCUAUACCGCAGCAGGUGUGCCUCCAGGGCUCUUCAAUGUGGUGCAAGGUGGGGCCACGACAGGCCAGCUUCUGUGUCAGCACCAGGACGUGGCCAAAGUGUCCUUCACUGGCAGUGUGCCCACUGGCUCGAAGAUCAUGGAGAUGUCAGCUAAAGGAAUCAAACCCGUGACCUUGGAACUUGGAGGCAAAUCUCCACUUAUCAUCUUCUCAGACUGUGAUAUGAAGAAUGCCGUGAACGGGGCCCUGAUGGCCAACUUCCUCACGCAAGGCGAGGUUUGCUGUAAUGGCACAAGAGUAUUUGUACAAAAGGAAAUUCUUGACAAAUUUAUUGAAGAAGUGGUGAAAAAGACCCAGAAGAUAAAAAUCGGCGACCCCCUUCUGGAAGAUACGCGGAUGGGGCCUCUCAUCAACCGACCACACCUGGAGCGAGUCCUUGGGUUCAUUAAAGUGGCAAAGGAGCAGGGUGCUAAAGUGCUAUGUGGUGGAGAUCUGUAUGUACCUGAAGACCCCAAAUUAAAGGAUGGCUAUUACAUAAGACCUUGUGUAUUAACAAAUUGCAGGGAUGACAUGACCUGUGUGAAAGAAGAGAUCUUUGGACCAGUCAUGUCCAUUUUAUCCUUUGACACUGAAGCCGAGGUUGUGGAACGAGCCAACAGUACCACUUUCGGACUAGCGGCUGGCGUCUUUACCAGGGACAUCCAGCGGGCGCACCGCGUGGUGGCUGAGCUGCAGGCUGGCAUGUGCUUCAUUAACAACUACAACGUCAGCCCAGUGGAGCUGCCCUUCGGCGGGUACAAGAAGUCAGGCUUUGGCAGAGAGAACGGCCGGGUGACAAUCGAGUAUUACUCACAGCUCAAGACUGUGUGCGUGGAGAUGGGCGACGUGGAGUCUACGUUUUGAAAGCCUGCAAUAAAAGCUGCUAACACGACCAGGCUGUGGGAUCGAGAGGCUCUGUUCUCUCGUCAGAGGCAGCCUAACUGAUGCUAUUUUCAGUUCUGAAUCUUGGUCACUGAGGAUAAGAGAAUGGUUUAGUGUUCCUCCUCCUUCCGUCACCUUCCUAAGUGCCUUGUAGACACCAAUCAAGAGAGUUGUGAUUGUCCUCAAAGCAGAUCCCUGUGAAAUCUAAGUGUCAGCAGAGAGUGUUCCAGAGAACAGGCGAAGGGAUAGACUGUGCUCCCACACGGGCAUCUGCGGGCAGUGGUAAUUCUCUGGCUGAUUAUAAGUACCUUGCUCCUGUUAGGUCUUGGUAGAAUCAGUACAGUGGAUUCCUGCUCACUGACAUUUUAAAAGCCCUGUGCCCUUGUCAUUGCUUUGAGAGAGCUGCCAGCUGGGAUAGGGAGGGGAUUAGAUCACAGGUGGGACCCUGGGGUGCAGAGAUAAGCACCAUGCUGCUGCAGGGAGAGCUACCCCCUAACUCUGCUCCUUGAACCGCGCAUACCCUCCUAACAAGAGUCGCCUUCUGAGUGUACAAACUGAUAGGCUGAUGUUGUAUAGCGAAAUUACAAUAAAUCACACUGCUAACCCUUCUA